AUGGUAUCAGAUCCAUGCUACUUCCUCCAUUUCAUGGCUUUCUUCUCCUACCUUCCAAUCCAUAGCUCCGCCGCACCAUACAUUUCUCAUCGACUCUUCGACAGAGAAGUUCAAGCCUUUCUAGCAUUCCUCAUGUUUUCAGCCAUAAAGAUGGUUAGGGAGGAAACGUGGGAGGCCUUCGUUGCAGAUAGCUUACUCUAUGCUAAGAUCUUUCUCAUUGCGGUUUCGUUGGUUAUGGAUUCUCGAGUUGCGAUCUGGUUCUCUGUUAUAUUUGCAGUUGUGUAUCUUUUAGCUCAACAGCCAGCGUUUAGCAAGUUAGGAACUACGGGAAGCUACACCUAUGCAGUUGGAGGAUUUGCUAUCAGAUGGUACCACAACUAA